CCCCUCGCUCUCCCUCUCGCCUCUCGCCUCACUGCUGUAUGGCUACCCACGCCGAAUGGUACGCUGCCCUUGUUCUUCCGCGCCUCCCGCUGUCCUUCGCUGCCUGACACCGCGCCAUUGUAGCUACACCAAGACGACCCGCCCCGUGCACUCGCCCUAGACCUCCUCCCUCCUGCUUCUGCUCCUCCUCCUCCCAAUCCAGCUGAAGCUCUUUUUUUCUCGUCUCUCCCCGUGGCAGGGUCCGCAGCUAUCACAGUAGCCUAGCGAGCCCUCCUACAACUGCCCGAGCUCUUCCAUCAGCUGCUGCUGCUGCUCCACCACAGCUUGCCGCCAUGUACAAGGUCAAGGCCGUGUACGACUACUCGUCUCCCCACGAGGACGACCUCGACUUCAAGGUCGGCCAGGUCAUCACUGUUACCGAGGAGGAGGGCGCCGACUGGUAUGUCGGCGAGUACACAGACAAUGGCGGCACUAAGCACGAUGGCCUCUUCCCUCGCAAUUUCGUCGAGCGCUACGAGCCAGAGCCGCCGCCACGCCCCAACCGGGCCUCACGUUACAAGCCAUUGGAGCCACCAGCCGCACAGGAAGCUCCCCGCAUGCCCCAGCUGCCUCAGCAGGAGCCUGAGCCAGCUCAACCCGAGGAGCCUGAGCCUGAGCCGCCCAAGCCUCAGCUGCCUCCAGUAGAGGUCCCCGCUAUCGCCAAAAACACUCCUCUGCCAAUGUCGCCCAUGUCGCCUCCCUCUGUAUCCAGUGCAAAAGCUCCAGAGCUUCCUCAAUCGCAGCCUGAAACGUCGAAACCUGCUGCUCCCGCCAAAAAGCCCCCGCCGCCCAUUGCGGCAAAGUCCAAUGCCUUCCGGGACCGCAUCGCUGCCUUCAAUGCUCCAGCUGCUGCCCCAAUUCAGCCAUUCAAGCCAUCUGGCGGUGCACCCACCAACUUCAUUAAGAAGCCUUUUGUCGCUCCUCCGCCGAGUCGUAAUGCAUAUGUUCCUCCUGCUCGCGAAGCCCCGCCAAUCAAGACGUACCGCCGUGAAGAAGAUCCAGAAAUCGCAGAGCGCCAGGCACGGGACCGCGAAGAUGCCGAGCGUGCUGGGCUUGUUGGCCACAAUGCUCCAAAUUCAAACGAGGGUGAGGAAGAGCAACAGCCCAAGGUCAGCUUGAAGGAAAGGAUUGCCCUUCUCCAGAAACAACAGCAAGAACAGGCGGAAAGGGCUGCUGCAAUGCUCAAGGAGAAGCCUAAGCGGCCACCGGUCGCGAAGAGAACCGAGCCCCAAGAGUCCCAGGCUGAUGAUAGCGAAGACACUGGCUUGGAACGGGUCGGAAGCGGAACCUCUAAGCCUCGGGUCUCCGUAGACCAGGCCCGUCCUCGCACAUCACAAGACGUCAAGUCGCCCGAUGCACAGGCUCGCAAUCGCGAGCUUGUCAGUGAGAAUGACGCCGAUCAAUCAGGCGCUGGUGAUACGGAGGAUGCUGGGGCUGAGUCUACGAGUGUCGAAGACGACGAGGACCGACCGAAGAGCAGGCAAGCACCUCCACCAGCGCCCAGAGCUGCUGAUGCGCCGGCGCAACAGCCCGAUGUUGGCGACGAGCAAGACGCUAUCGAAGAAGAUGAGGAGGAAGAGGAAGAUGAGUUGGAUGCUGAAACAAGACGAAAGUUGGAGCUACGCCAGCGUAUGGCCAAGAUGAGUGGUGGCAUGGGCAUGCCCGGUAUGUUUGGCGGUAUGCCCAUGGGAGCUCUUCCUCCAAAGCCCCCCAAACCUGCCAAAAAGAAGCCAAUCAUGGAAAAAAAGGCAGAGGAAUCAGAGGGAUACACGUCGCCCCAGCAGCCGGUGCCCAUGUUCCGCAUUCCCCCAUUGCCACAGGGCCAGAGUAAGGAACAGGAUGACCGCUCGCUUUCAGUAGAAAAGGAAGAAGAGGCUCCACAGACAGUCACGAGCUCUCAUGCACCAGAUGAGGUACCUGACGUCGAAGAUGUCGUUUCCCAGCCCACACCUACAGGCGAUCAACCCCCGCCUGUUCCAUCAGACAAACGACCUGCUCCUCCGCCAGUUCCAUCAGCAUCCCGCCCUAUCCCACCGCCGCCGCCACAGGUCAUGUCCCCAGGACCUGGCUCUGAGUCUGGCGACGAGUUGACAGAUGCAGCUAACACGCCAUCUGCUUCUGUCCAGUCGCCAUCUUCAAAGCGUGUCUCCUACUUUGCAACUGGCGAGCAGCAGAGCGAUUCGUCCGAAAGGCGUGCACCGCCACUUCCUCCAACAGGCCCUCCGCCCUCAAUAGCAAGCCGGCCACCGCCGCCACCGCCGCCAACUUCAGCGCCCCCCUCCCGCCAUGGGGAUCCCCUCCAAAGAAAGAUCGAUCGUACUGAGGGAGAGACAGACUAUGAGGGAGAUUACGAUACAGACAUGGCCCCCGAGGCAACGCACAAAGAUGCUUUGAAGUCACAUGCUAAAAGCUCAAGUGUCGAAGAGGACAUUAUAUCAGAUGAGCCUACACCAGGACGAUCGCCAUUAAUACCUCAGGGUAUGCCACCUGUACCUCCUGUCAAUCGUACGGUGCCGCCCCCUCCGCCCCAACAGCCGCCUCGAUCAUCAUUAGACGCGCCUCGCGCUCCCCUGCUACCACCUGGACCGCCGCCGAAUCGUAACACCCAACCAGUGGAGGAGGAGGAUGAAUAUGACCCCUUCAAGUACAACGGCCCUCCCUCACUCACUGCAUCGCCUGCACCUAGAGGAGUUCCGCCGCCACCUCCACCAAGUCAACCAUUCCCUCCACAGAGUCGUCCUCCACCACCCCUGCCGCCAUCUGUUCCUCCUUCUAUGCCUAAUCAAACAGCUGAGUCUGAGGAAGAAGACGAUCUGUACUCUUCACCUCAACCUCGAAAAUCUCAUGAUCGGCCACCACCUCCACCACCCCAUGCUCCACCGCACCAGCAUGCUCCUCCACCUCUUCCCCAGCAACAAGCACCGCCUUUUCCGCCUCAAGAAAGAGCUGCCCCGCCCCCGCCGCCUCCUCAGCCAAAAGAGUUCCAAUCUCCACAGAUGGCGCCUAUGGACGCACAGUCUCGACCAUUACCAAAUCGGAAGUCGUUUGACGCGAGUCAUAUGAUGGCUACACGACAGUCUAUGGAUCAGCUUCGUUCGGGUCCAAUGCAACAUCAGGACUUUAUCGCCGAAGAACUCGACCUUGGAGCUACUUCCCAUUGGUGGACUCAACCUAACCUACUUCCUCCAUCGCUACAGGGCCGUAAGGAUGUAAUGAUAGAUCGGAAAGAGUCGCAGUCUGGCAACACUGUGGAGAGGUUGAUCAAGGUGCUUUACCUUGACUACUCACAAACAAUCAUCUCUGCCCGCUUCGAGGCCAACAACGUCUCUGACGUUGAACUCGAACAGCACAAGGAACCACCACCUCCCCGUCUGCGUCCGGAUCAGUUGGAGAAUGCUUACGAACAGUUUGGCCGACAGAUUGCCAAGGCUAUCGAAUCCAAGCAAAACACAGUCGUCGGGAAUGGUUCACCUUAUGUUCUUGUUGAAGAACUGCUCAAGCCUUUUGGUGACGCCCUUCCACCCGUCUCGACCCGCUCAUACGGUGCGCUGGUUUAUGCCAACCUGGCUAAUGCAUCAACGCUAUCGUUUGACGAGAUACGCCCUGGUGAUAUUAUCAGCUUCCGUAACGCUAAGUUCCAAGGCAAGGUUGGACCUAUGCAUGGCAAAUACAGCAUGGAUGUUGGUAAGCCCGAUCACGUGGGUGUGGUGUUGGAAUGGGAUGGCAGUAAGAAAAAGGUGCGAGCGUGGGAACAAGGACGUGAGCACAAGAAAGUCAAGCCUGAGAGCUUCAGGAUGGGGGAUUUGAGGUCUGGUGAGGUACGAGUUUGGCGUGUCAUGAGUAAGAGUUGGAUUGGGUGGAACUAAGUAGGAGUGUAGUGUGAGUUGGUGUUAGCUGCUUGAUGGAAUGUAAUUAGUAGUCAACGAGUGCUUUAGAGUGCAUCAUGCAAUAGUCUUGAACAGUCUAUGGCAAUGGUUUUAAAAAGCUGAUGUAUUCCAUGUUUCUAUGCAGGUCCUGAGACCUUGUAGCUACAGCCGCAAGCCCUAAGUAGAAAAUGUAAAGAUAUAUCCUUUCUGAC